AUGUACGCCACUGCAGUUGUUCUAUCCGCUUUGGUGGCAGCGCCUGUGGCUCUUGGGGCUGCUUUAAGGCCGCGACUUGACAAUGGCAUCGCCAGGACGCCUCCGAUGGGUUGGAAUACCUAUAACCACUACUCUUGCGCCCCGAAUGAGACUAUUGUCAAGUCUAAUGCGAAAGCCCUGGUUGACCUGGGCCUCGCCGAUCUGGGAUACCGCUAUGUCACUACUGAUUGUGGCUGGACAGUUGCCAAUCGCACUGCAGAGGGGUCUUUGACGUGGAAUGAGACCUUGUUUCCGAAUGGGUUCCCAGCGCUCGGCCAAUAUAUCCAUGACCUUGGGUUGCUGUUUGGUGUCUAUGAGGAUGCGGGCAUAAGAUCCUGUCAGACUGAUAUGGAGCAGGCGGGUAGUUUGUAUCACGAGGCCCAGGAUGCUGCAUUGUUUACUUCUUGGAAGAUUGAUGCCCUGAAAUACGACAACUGCUUCUCCGACGCGGCGACCGGUUAUCCAAACGUCAACUACGAGCCAAGCACAUCGCCAAGCCCGCGGUAUACAAACAUGACCAAAGCUCUAGCCGCGCAAGGCCGGUCCGUGCUGUUCCAGAUCUGCGAAUGGGGCAUAGAUUUCCCUGCCCUGUGGGCACCAGCUCUCGGCCACACUUGGCGCAUCGGCAACGAUAUCAUCCCCGCUUGGAGAGCCAUCUUCCGCACGUUAAACCAAGCUGUCCCGCAAACAUCCUUCGCGGGGCCAGGCCAAUGGCCGGACCUGGAUAUGUUGGAAAUUGGAAAUAACAUUCUGACUACCGCAGAGGAACAAACCCACUUCUCGCUCUGGGCUAUACUGAAGAGUCCACUUGUCAUCGGUGGUGCUUUGAGGGAUGAAGUCACUUCUAUCAGCGAUGCGUCCUUGGCAAUCCUGUCCAACAAAGACGUCGUUUCCUACAACCAGGACUCGCUUGGUGUCAGUGCGACAUUAAACCGCCGCUGGUCGGAAGAAGGGUACGAAGUCUGGAGCGGUCCUCUAUCUGGGGGUAGGACUGUUGCUGCGCUGAUUAAUUGGGCUGACGAGUCUCGUGAGCUGACCCUUGAUCUCCCGGACGUGGGCAUUCAAGCUGCGGGCACUUUGAAGGAUAUCUGGGCGGGUAAGACUGUCCGCAAUGUCAAGAGCUCUUAUACGGCCACAGUAGCCGCACACGGUGUGAUGCUAGUGGAGCUCAGUGACACCACUGCGCCUGGCACUUACCCAACUGCCAAGUUCGCCACGUCGAAGGGAAACUCGGUGACAUUCAACUCCAUCUAUGUCAACACCACGAGUGCCAAUCAUACUCUUGUGAUCAGUUUCUCCAAGUCAUCGUUGAAGGCGAGCAGCAUUACCGUACAAUCGUCAUCAACCCAGAAGAAGAGCACAGUCAACGUCCCAGCCUCUAGCAAGACAGUCUCAAGCCCCAUCUCACUAUCCGCUGGCUCUGCAAACACAAUUACCAUCCACUCCACUCUCGCGAUUGACUCUAUCCAAAUCAAAUCUCCAGCUGGAACAUACUACCCCGCUACUGCAUUCACCCUCGCAGGCUCAGCAACACUCACUCAGUGUGGCUCCGGCUUCUGCCAGCCCGUAGGAUCAAAGAUUGGUUAUCUCGACAGCACAAACACCGCCAGCAUCACGGUUCCCGCUACGGUUUCCAACACUUCAUCCUCCAAGUAUCUAGAAUUGGACUAUAUCAACAACGAUGUCGCAUUCUCUACUUCCUGGGGUCUGGGCGCAAACUCGCGCAAUAUCACAGUCGCGGUGAAUGGUGGAAGCCCUGUCAGACUGGAGGUCCCCUUGUCUGGACGGCAUAGUGAGCUCUUCGGACCUGGACUUGGAUGGUGGGAUACUGCCUCGCUGGGUGUUUCGAUUGAUGGGUGGAAGAAUGGUGACAAUGACGUUGUCGUUGCGAAUGUGGCAGGCAGCGAUGCGUUCCAGACCUGGGGUGCUGACUUUGUGGGAUUCAGGGUUUUUGACUAGAUUUGUGAACUGAAUUGGUAUAGAGCUAAAAUGGGAGAACUUCAUGGUGCUGAACCAUGUAUGGUGAGGAUCAGGAGACUAUUGGCUACCAAUACAUUGAUGCUUCCACGACAUUGCCC